GUACUUUUUAAUUUUAUUUUCAUGUUUUUUUCUUGAUUUUUAAUAAACUUUUUGCGGUGAUACCAAAUGAUUAGAAGUUUCAAAUGAAGUAACGAAAAAUAUGCCUUUUAUGGAGUUGAGGCAAAGGCAUGCUAAAGGAGAAUAUUGUAAGCGAUGCCAUCUUGAUGACACCACCUCAUGUUGUGGCAAUUUGACCAAGUGGUAUUCCCAUGACGACUAUGAGGAGAUACCCUCUUAGACGAGAUUAACGUGUUUGUUAGAUUUGUUAGAUUUCGUUAAUUCUGUUCUGUGAUGAUAGUUUCCUGCUUUCCAUUGAAUAUUUAAAAGGAUGAAUUUAUAUAAUCUCAUGCAUUCCAUUUUGUUUGGUUUCUGAUGGUUUCACUUCACUGCUUUGUUUGAUCCUUUUGAAUAUUUAUUUAAUCAUUGAAAAUGUAUUCAAUUUGUUUGAAGUUGUAGUGAAUACAUUUAUGGUGUUUUUUUUUUAUAUAAUAGAUAAUUGGGAGGGGAAUAUAUUUAGUUCUUUUAACUUUCCUCUGUUUUCUUAAUGUUAAUUAAUUAUUUUCUUUUUAUGGAUUAUGAAUUAGUCAAUCUGUUGCCUUUAAUUUGAUUAAUUACUAACAAGUUUCAUUGAUUUGGUUUAUUCAUGUGUUUCACGUGGCUUAUGGAGAGAUGAAGUAUAUGGAGCAAAAUAAGUCUUUUGACCCAAAGCAUCAAGAUUUCUUCUGCUCACCCCAGCCCAUCCCAAUUAAGUUGUUCUUUUAUAUUGUUUUAUCAUGAGUUGUGUAAUUUAAUCUGUGGAUUGGAAUUUUGUUUUUAGUUAAUUUUAUAAACUCAUCACUUCACAACUCACAACACACACAUAACACAUAACAUGCAUUAUAAGUAAUGUCACUGCAUGGUAUAACUAAUUUUAAGUUUGAGAAAUGAUAUAAUGACUCAAGGGGUAACAUUCUUACAUUCAAAUGAUAUAUUGAGUAACGUCACUACAUGGCGUAAGUAACAUUGAAUAAUCUAAGUUUAAGAGAUGAUAUAACCACUCAAGGGAUGGCAAGUUUGUAGAAUAAUCUACUGGUCUUUACGUUGUAGAUUGAGAACUUUGCCGUAAGAAAGAUGUUUGUAGAUAGUGGAAGGGUACAUGGUAUUCUAGCCUAUCACAUAUUUAGGAAGAGGAGACUUUAUGAGGUUUGGUUGCUGAAAUGCAAUGGACCAAUCUACAGAUUUAGCAACAUGUAGUCUCUGCUAAAGAGAUCAUUUCCUUGCUAGUUAUCUUGGGAUGUCUACUUCUCAUGUAACCACAAUGUUGAGGUUUUGGUUGUUGACAAUGGCGGGGAUUGCAGUAUUUUCCUUGGCAAGUCUACCUUUAACUACAUAACAGGUAUAUUUUUCAAAUCUGAUUUGAAACUUAAUAUUUAUUUGGUAUCACCUUGGUUUUUGAGUUUUUUCUGCCUUUCAUUUUGUUUUUCAUUUCAAGCAGUUGUUUUGAGGGUUUUCCUGCAUGUUAUAUUUCAAACAGUUCGUUUCUUCUGUUUCUACUUCAGAAAAGAAAACCAAUGGAAAUUCAUUUUUGCUUUGGUUUUUCAAAAAAUUUAGCAUUGACUUUUUUUCACAAUCAUUAGAGACUAAAAAGAUGUUUUCUGU